GAUAAUUUUCUGCUGACAAAGCUUAAAGUAGCUACGUGGCUGAAGUGCUGACACGGCUAGUCUCAGGAUACACAAGCACUGAAGAUAGAGCUAGAGAGAUGGUAAUAGGAGGCUGUAGACUAUGAGCCAAAGAAGACCAUUCGACUCGUCCAUGUCUGGUGGUCAACAGAGCAGUGGUGGUAAUGGCGGAGGUGGUGCCUCUCAUGUGCAGACACACGAGAUGGUGGAGUCACAGAAUGAUCAGAUGGUCACUCAAAUGGCCGACAAAGUGAGACAACUGAAAUCGAUCUCUAUAGACAUUGGAGACGAGAUGCGUAAACAGAACAGCUACCUGGGGGGUAUGGGGGAGGAGUUUGACUCUGCAGGGGGUCUCCUGGGGGGCAGUAUGAAGCGCCUCAAGGGAUUGGCCAAUGCUGGUCACAAUCGGUGGAUGUGUUACAUCAUUUUAUUCAUUGUAGGCGUUUUCUUCAUCUGUUAUGCCGUUAUCAAAUGGAGGAGCUAGCUAUUAUAGUCUGUGUGUUCAUCAAAAUCUUAGUAUAUAUACUUUAUUUCAGAUUUAUUUGUUGUGGAAAGAAAAUCUUUAUAAUUAUAAUGCACG